AGUACACUUUUGUUUCACUGUGACAAAACAAGGUGACAUUAUUUAUUGACGACUAGUGGAUAAAUCGCAGUUGGUCAAACAAAGACAUUGAGAAACACAACUGGUUGAAAUGAUUCAAAUACAAGGUCAACUUAUCAUUUUCAUAGGGGUUUUAGCAUUGGUCUACUCACAAAGCAUAGAUGAGACCUUGACUCCUAGAUCCAAGGGGGCAGACGUCUCUGAAGCCGUGGUAAGAAAAAUUCAACGCUCAGGAAUUUUCCCCCACGAUCAAAAUCUGCUGCGGAGGUUGUCCUACGUCGAAAGUCGAGAUGGCGAAGAUGAUAAAACAUACAGACCAGAUUAUUUUGGGGGAAUUUGGCAAUUGGACGAAGUUCUGUUUAAUCAGACCAAAAAUGUGCCGGGUCUAAAUACGAUUUAUCAGAGGCUUGACGCCACUUGGAACAUCCAAUGGAACAGUGUCACUUGGGCUGACCUUCUCGUCCCCAUGUAUUCCGGAUUAGGGGCCAGGCUGUACUUGCACACGCUCUCCCUCAGUAACAGACCCAUCCCCGGAACCAUUGAUAGUCAAGCCGAGUACUGGAGGCUCAAUUACAACAGAGCAGAUCAAAACGCUACAACGUACAAGGACCUGGUGAAGAGACUGGAAAGCGAUGGCGGUGUUUGCGAAGGGUUGAUGGACAUUUGCAUAGUCCUUGAUGGGUCUCGGAGUAUCGGAGCUGGCGCCUUCAUUCGAGCCAAAGGCUUCGUUGCCGACUUGGUCCAAACUUUCUCCUUGAAUUCCACUCGUGUGGCGUUCGUUCUCUAUUCUGACAAUGCACAAAAAAUAUUUGACUUUAGUAACACUCUAACUCCCUCAGCAAUGAAUACCACCAUCCGGAAUGUGCGUUAUCCAAAUGGAAAUACGAAUACUCCUGCUGGUCUCCUCAUGGCGGUCACAUUCUUCAACCAGGCCACCCCACGACCCGGAGUCCCACAAGUUGUUGCCACGUUCACGGAUGGAAAUAGCAAUCGAGGAAACCUCACGGUUGCCGUUGCCGCAGUAAAAACCGCUAAUUUGACUUCCUUCGCCGUUGGAAUUGGCAACGAGCAGGACAUCAGGGAAAGUGAGCUUCAGCAAAUAGCACUCAACGACUCGUCCAGAGUUUUCAGGGUCAACGACUACGAGGCACUAGCCGAAUUCUUUUUUCAAAUGAACAAGGCCACCUGCGAGGUUCCCCAAGAACCCGAGAUUGGCGACGAACACAACGGAACGCUGAAUAAAAAUGAAAAGCGAUAUUUCAAAUAUCAAAUUCCCGAUGCAGGAUUCACGCUAAACUUGUUGACGUCAGGUCAAAUUUCUGGAUGGUAUUCAUACACAGAACAAACUCCAAACUCCGCUGUACAUGAUGGAUUGAUUUUGACACACACAUUCAUUCAAAGUGCGAUGGAAAAUUCGGUUGUCCAUAUUGCUCUUCAAGGAGAUUCUGUUGAUCCGACAGAAUACAAUAUAAGAACCGACGAGGGUAAUCAAGUGACGUCAACCACACCACAAUCUACAACCACAUAUACUACGUCAACCACACCUACAUCCGCUAGCUCAACCACACCCACCUCCGCUAGCUCAACCACACCUGCACCUACUAGCUCAACCACUCUGGAAACUACAACCCCAAAUUCUGCUAAAAACGUGAUUGCUUCCAUUGGUGUGGCUUUUUACUUAGCAAUUACAUUGUGUGUGAUGGAUUUAAAAUACAAAUGGUAGUUUGAACGUGGUCCUGGAUCUUAAGCAAUCGUUUAAGAAAAGAACGUUUAGAAUAUUAUUGAGUGUCGAUGUAAACUAAAUAUGUGUACUUAGAAAUGCGUAACGAGAACUUGACUGUAUUUCUCUUGUCUUGCCACUCAUGAAUAAAGUAUGCAUGAAACAAAUAAA